AUGGGCAGAGAGCAUAUGGAUCGAGUGGAAGACGGAUACGAAAGGAACAACUAUAUGGGCAUAUAUAAUGGAGAGAGACCAGAAAAGGCCAAUGAUAAUUUGUCCAUGCGCAUUGACAUCAUGAAAGAGUACGACCGUAAUCCAGAGGAAGUGCUGAGACUGCUUGCUUCCCAGAGAAGUGGUAGCACUCCUGUCUUUAACAUUCCAUACGCAUACGACCUAUCAACGUAUCCCAGGUCUGAGCAUUAUACGCGAAUUGUCUCUGUGUAUGGAACAGUCAUGAAGAUGGGGCUGCUCAAGUUCAAAGAGGUAGGUUCUAGAAAGAUAGACUAUCAGGAGAUAAAGAUACAGGAGAGAAAUACACUGUAUCUUCCUAGAACAAUAAACAUCCAGCUGCAGGGCAGGCUCAUAGAUAGCUGUAAGCCUGGGGAGGUGGUCCGGGUGGCUGGUGUUGUUGAGGUGCUGUGGCGCAGGCUGAAGGCAGGUCUUCCAAUAGAGUGCGAGUAUUCCAUCCGUGCACUGGAAAUUACCCGGCAGAAAAUUCAUAAUAAAGAAAAUGUGGAUGUGCUGCCGGAGUGCGAGUUUAGUCUUUUGAAAGAAGUGCUGGAUGCAUAUGCCCCGUCACUUGCUGGCCUGCGACAAACAAAGCUGGCUAUGCUUGUGUGUACAAUUGGCGGGCAAGAAAGCACAAAGGAUGUGCAUGCAAAGGAUAGAGAGAGCGGAAGUAUUCAGGAAAGAGAGAGCACUCUUGCAGAGCAGAUGUAUUAUGAGAUGCAGAGCAAGAAUAGAGUGUCCUCGCAUAUCCUGCUGGUUGGGAAGACAGGCUCUGGAAAAAGCACGCUUCUUAGCUUUGCUGCGAAGACUGCAGUGCCUGCAGUGCGGACCACAGGGACAUCCUGCACCUCAGCAGGCCUGACUGCAUGCGCAACAAGGGAAAACAAUGACUGGAUGAUAGAGCCAGGUGCCAUCCCGCAGGCAGACAGAGGAAUCUGCUGCAUCGAUGACUUUGGCAGUCUUCGGAAAGAAGAAAAGGCAUCCAUCCUUGAGGCCAUGGAGCAGCAAACCAUAACAAUAGCAAAGGCCGGCAUAAUUUUAAAGCUAGACACACGCUGCACAAUAAUAGGAGCAGCCAGGCACAACACAGAGACGGAGUGGGCACUGCAGUCUCUGAAGCUGUCCCCUCCCCUUCUAAGCAGAUUCGACCUUAUUAUGGGCAUAGAUGACUUGCUGGCCUCUGAUGAGGAAAUUGCCCUCAAAAACCUGGAAAAAAAGCCAGAGGAGAAGUGCGAGAUGUUCAUUCGUGACUUAAUUGAGGAAAGAAAGAAAACACAAGUUACUCUCUCCGAGGAGUGCAAACUCAUUAUUGAAAUGUACUACAGAAGGCUGAAGGAAAUAGACAACGUAAGCAUACGUGCACUUGAGAGCCACAUUAGACUGUGUGAGGGAUAUGCAAAGCUGAUGGGGAAGACUACAGCAACAGAGACACACGCCCUUAUGAUGGUGCUUCUUCUUAACUCAAGCCUAAGCACCAAGAAAAUCUGGAGGUACACUCUUGAUGCACUGCUAGGAUCAAAGAAUAUGCUGGAUGCGGCCCUCUCUUAUAUAAAGCACGACUUGCUUACAGAAUAA